CCAACAGAAGGCUCCAGAACAUAUCAGGGAGAGGCGGGAAAACACAGAGCUCGAGCACAUUCAGCACAAGAGGCGGGAGAUGAAGUGUUUCUGGGAGAGCCAAAGCGCAAACCUGAGCACCACGCGCUGCACUUUCAAACCGACCAGCGCAGCUCGCUAGCUGCUCCCCCCUCCGCCGUCCGCUCCUCUAUCAGACCCACGGCACUUCACUGGUUCAUCCCUAACCGGACAGGCUCAGCUCAUCCGACGGGGAGACCGGGCGAACCCAGGAGUAGGGGGACACUGAGGUGGAGGGGGGACAUGCUCACUCAGCAACCCAGCAGAGUUUCUCCGAGGUGGGCCAAGCUGUGACAGAGGGCCUCUCUCUGGUGAGCCAACCUGCAACCCUGACCGCUCCAGCAGGCCUCACUCCCAGUCCUAACUACUGUGUGUGCCAGGACCAGGCCACCUCCAGCCCAGGCCAGACCACGUCUACCCCAGGCCAGCCCAGAGUGGGUCAGCCCCAGCCCAACCCACCUCUUCCCCAGCCCAGUAGCGGCCCAGGCCCAGGCUCCAGAAGCAUGGCCUUCACCCUGUCAGAGAUCAUGGCUGCGCGGCGGCAGCAGCAGUCCCAGGCCCAGCGGGCAGCAGGCAGGGCAGCUGUCGAGGUGGAUGAAUACAGCACCAACCCCACCCAGGCCUUCACCUUCUACAACAUCAACCAGGGACGCUUCCAGCCCCCACACGUACACAUGGUGGACCCCCUGCCCCAUGACACUCCCAAGCCGCCAGGUUACACCCGUUUUGUGUGUAUCUCAGACACCCACUCCCGUACAGACGCCAUUCAGAUGCCUUACGGUGACGUGUUCAUCCAUGCUGGAGACUUCACAGAGCUGGGCCUGCCCUCUGAGGUCAAGAAGUUCAACGAUUGGCUAGGCACCUUGCCCUAUGACAUAAAGAUAGUGAUUGCGGGGAACCAUGAGUUGACCUUUGACCAGGAGUUCAUGGCUGACCUGAUCAAGCAGGACUUCUACUACUUCCCAUCAGCCUCCAAGUUGAAACCAGAGAACUAUGAGAACGUCCAGUCCCUGCUCACCAACUGUAUCUACCUGCAGGACUCAGAGGUCACCGUACGCGGCUUCCGCAUCUAUGGCUCCCCCUGGCAGCCAUGGUACUAUGGCUGGGGGUUCAACCUGCCAAGAGGUCAGGCUCUGCUGGACAAGUGGAACCAGAUCCCCGACUCCACCGACAUACUGGUCACACACUGCCCCCCACUGGGGUUCCUGGACUGGGUUCCUAAGAAGAUGCAGCGGGUGGGCUGUAUGGAGCUGCUCAACACUGUCCAGAGGAGAGUACAGCCCAAGCUGCACGUGUUCGGACACAUCCACGAAGGUUAUGGUAUGAUGACUGACGGCACCACCACGUUCGUCAACGCCUCGGCCUGCACCGUCAACUUCCAGCCCAUGAACCCGCCCAUCGUCUUCGACCUGCCCAAUCCCACCAGGACCACAUGACUAGAGAAGCCCUGCCCUACUGAGCCCCUCUCCAAUCAGAAGCCUGGUGGUGGGAUGGCAGGUAGGUGAGGGUGAAGGGCAGGUGUGGUGGUGUACUGUAUAUAUUCAAGGCUCUAAUGGAUGAUGUGUGUGUGUGUGUGUGUGUGUGUGUGUGUGUGUGUGUGUGUGUGUGUGUGUGUGUGUGUGUGUGUGUGUGUGUGUGUGUGUGUUUUAUGUACUGUCAUUCCUUUAUUUCAACAAAAGCUCUUACAAACUCUAAAGUAAGGCAAAAGACAGACCCCUGAUGCCUCAUAUGAACAUGUCAGCAUUAGUCUGUAAAUCUUCUGUUGCACCACUACUGCACUGACAAUCUGACCUGGCUGUCAGAUAGAGAAGAGGACAGGGGGAACAGUGUCUCCUGUGUCACUGUUUGAACUCACAUUCUUUCUCUCAGAAGAAAACCCAGGAUAACUCUCAUUCUCUCUUGUUCCUCAUAGAGGACUCUAUUACGUCACCAGUCGAAGUUGCUCAGUGGUGACGUUUUGACAUUGUGACAUUGUGGUCCACCCUUCAUUUGAGACCUUCCCUGGGGAGUGAUUGAACAUUUACCAGUAGGGUAUCAGAACAUUAACCCAAUGUCCAUUUUUGACUUUGUGGAGCUGUUUGCCAGCACAGAAAGGAUACCCCUGACAGUACUCUGAUAUCACACUUCCUGCACUGCAGAUUAAAACACUGCUUUCCCCUCGUCCCUUUUUAUCUUGAUCCCUCUUUUUCUCUGCACCUCUAGUUUCACUCUCCACCCUAUCUCUCUCUCUCUCUCUCUCUCUCUCUCUCUCUCUCUCUCUCUCUUCUCUCAGGCCUUGGGCAUGGUGGUUUGUGUGUGUGUGAGAGAUCAAAGUGUGUGUGAGGGCAGCGGGAGGUCUCUGCCACGGGCUGUGUGUGAGUAUAGGUGUCAAACGUGUUGACACCACUCCCCUGGGUCUCAUUACAACUCUCAGUAAGCCUCUUAACCAGGGGAGAGGGAUCUCUUCUCUUCCCUUCUUCUGUUUUUCCCCCUCUCUCCUUCCCCCCCUCCAUCCUUCGUUGCAUGUGUAAUCAGCUCAUCCUCUCAUCUCUGGCUCAUGUGCCGUGAUCCUGACAAGUUUAUUUCCGAGGUCACCGGCCGGGAAGCCUGCAAGAUUUUGAUUCCGAGUACGGAAUACUGGAAAUACGUAAUAACCAACAGAGCAGAUUGGCAAAUGUGUCCUGACCCUGUACAGAAGCAGCGGUGUCUGGAAUGUUCUCACUGUUCCAUGGUGUCCUUUCUGUGAGAGAUGUAUCAUGGGAAUGUACGUUGAACUCUUAGUGGAUGACGAUGAGGUGUAGGCCUAAUGUACCGUAACUGAUCAAGAAGUUGGAACUGUAAAUCUACAUCACCUGUCAUUGUAAAAACAUGUUAGCAAUCAAGGAAUACUUCAAAUGUUGUUAAAAAUGUGUGUGUGUGUUGUUAAAAAAAAGCCAGUGCAAACAAUGUUUACAUUUUAUUCUAUGUUCAGUUCUUUCUUAUAUAGGCUAAUAAAUGCUUAUUACUGUAUAAAAAUAUCUGCACUAUGUUACACUCUAAAACAUGCUGGGUUGUUUGGUUGACUCAACUGCUGAGUUGUUUUCUUUAAAAACUGCAGAGUUAUUGAUGCUGGGUUAUUGAUGCUGGGCUAUUGGUGCAGGGUUAAUGAUGCUGGGUUAUUGAUGCUGGGUUAUUGAGAUAUGACCCAGCAGGUCAGGUCAGAAGACUGGAGGUGUAGUUUAGUAGGGGCAUGGCUUUCAGAUAGUUAUUUUUAACCACCCAUGCGAGUAAAUGUCAUUCGUAUGCAUCUGUUCUGUUGCAUAGUUAUGACAUAUUAAGGUCAAACAUUUAACAUUUUGUAGCUUCAACGACACUUACAGAAGUGUAUAAGUUCCCUAAAACCUACGUAAAUCCCAUUGUUGGGACACAAUAAGGUGGUAUACCUUAUUAGGCAGUAAGAUGGUAUACCUUAUAAUAAAUAAUCUUAACAUUACAAAAUAAUGUGUGAAAAACAUGUUAUUGACAUUUAAAUUUGCAGUAUGUAUGUUUAAAAUGAUGUACAGGAAUGACAUUUACUCUCACGGGUGGCCAAUAAGAUCUAGCUGAAAACCACGCCCCUAAUAAACCACGCCUCCUGAAAAUAACCUAAGGGUUACGUUAAAAAAGACCCAGAUGCAAGGUCAACCCAGCAUGAGAGUAAAAAAUACCCAACUGAUGGUUAUAUUAACCCAUGUUUGGGUAAUCCCAACAACCCAACAUGUUGGGUCAUUCAUGCAACCCAACUGGCUUUGCCAAAAUAACCCAACAUGUGUUCUGGCCACUAUUUAAACAGCUCUAAAUUAAAUAUAUAUUUUUUGGGUGCACGGGGUUACCCACAACCCGUGUAGCUAUUAUUAACUCUUUCAUGUUGUCAAGCAGUUGUCUGUGUAAAAAGGGUUAAUUUUUUAUCUUUCUGAAGCACUUGUGAUGGGGCGUCCUUCCUCUGCUCGUCUGGCAGCCAACGUCUUUGGUUGGCUAGCUGAGCUCAAAGUGUGGUUAGCAUAACAAGACUACAUCCCUGUUUGAUCUCUCUGCUCUCAGACAUUAUAUAUGAACAUCCCCUCUGGCUACGUUUUAUUCACAGGGUCACUGGUGUUUCACUGCUGUUCUGCACAUUGUGCUAGCUGGGUUAUGUCUUAAUGGGGCAGACUAGUGGGCUGUUGUAAGAAUACAAAGACUAGGAUAGAAUGUUUACAGAUAAGUGUGUGUGAAUACUGUAUGUGUGUGUGUAUGUGUGCGUGUGGAUAGGGCCAGGGGGUAAGCAUUCUGAGAACAUGCUUAAACGAGGGGGGAGUCAGUGUCUGUAUCAUUUUCUUUUAAAGGUUUCUGUAGGGGGAAAUGCCUGUUUGUUUUGGGGCAUUUCUUACUAUUCUCUUUCAACCAUAACUUUGAAAUGUCUCACUUUUUAUGCACUAUUCCUCGAUAGCUGUGUUCUGUAUUUCCUGUUUUCUUUGAAAACUCAAGUUCUGCUGUUGUAUUUCUUGUUCGUUCCUUGGGGCAUGCUGUUCUGAAACUAAUAACUUCUGAUGACAAUCUGCUUGAAUUGUAUAUCGUUGUUACCAUUGUUUGGGAUAUACUAACUAUUGGGAUUUUUUUAUUGCUUUAAUGAUGUACAAUAUUUUUUAAUGUGAAAAUAAUAAAAAUCCAACCAUUUUAGAAUGGUAUUGUAUAAUGUGUUGCCCCUGGAGACAACUCUGUAAAUGUAAAAUACCUUUCUUAAAACUACCUGCUUCUGGUUUUCUGAGAGAUUAUCUACACAAAUUGAAUUAAACCUUAUCUGUGA